AACGUUCGAACAACGCAGACGCAAAGGCUGCGAUCGUCGCGUUUCAUUCAAAACGAUUUUUUUCGUCUUUUCGUGUUUGCGCGUUUUGUGUUUUGUUUGCUGUUAACUGUUUACCGUUGUGCAGUGUAAAACUAUUUACAACACCAUAAUUGUGGGUGUCCAGCACCGCCCACCCCACCUCCCCCUGGGCUUCACACACACUCGUUUCGGUUGUGCUUUGUGUGCCGCAUUCGUAUGACACGUGCUUCUCAUACGGAUUCUCCCACUAUCAGCAUUCCAUAAAAGAAAUUAACAACAGCAACAACAAAAACUCAAUUGGGAUUACCUCGACUUUUGUUUAUCAAUACAACAACAACAGCAACCACAAAUAACGGCCAUGGCAUUUCAGCGCAGCUACAGCAAAGUCUGGUGGGGCUCCGAUAGCCAACAGUUGGGCGGCGGCAGCUUUACGGGCGGCGGCCUCUACUCCCACUACAAUUACCACAUCCAACAACAACAACAACAACAACAGCAGCAGCUACAGCCCGCAUCUCUGGAGCGUCAUCUGGGCACACACGCCGGCAAUUUGUCCAGCAUCCAGGAGGUGGACGAUGAGCAGAACAGCUCGAAGCUCUCCUGGCACAAGCACGACAGUCCGGGCAGUCUGCGCAGUCAGGACUCGGGCUUCUCGGACAACGAGGAGCAGCACAAUAGCCAGACGGCCACAGCUGUGACAGCUGCCACAGCAACCACGCCCACUGCCUCGCCCACAUCGUUACGCUCGAUAGCGACGCCGCCCACUGUCAUACGGCGUGUGGGCAAAUCGUCCUUCUACUCGCCGCUGGUCAGCGUAACGCGUCGCAUAUCCUUCAAACAGCAACAGGACGAGCCGGAGCAGGAGGAUGACGACAUGGAGGCGAGUCGCAGUCGCCUGUUCGAGCAGCUGGAUAGCCUGCAGCUGGACGAGCUGGCUGAUGUGGACCAGGAUAAGACAAUGAAUCCGGCGACGCCGCCACGCCCAGCUGUGCGAAGACGCAAACGCCUGAGCAAAAGCAAAUCGAAGGAGCAGGAACUGGAGCAGGAGCAGGCAGAGGAGAAGCAACUGGAGCAGGAGCAGGAGCAGGAGCUGGACGAGUUCAUGGCGCCAGUGACACCACCGCCGCCCUACAACAACGAGACCAUCUAUCUGGGCGAGGCACCGCCGCCCUACAACAACGAAACCGUUACCUUCGGCGGGCAGGAGUCCAAUCUCGACGAGACGCUCACCCUGAAGAAGGACGCCGUCAACUACGCGGCACUCUCCCGCUUCACGGCCAGCACCAGCACGCCCAAGGCGCACAGCAGGUCCAACAAGCUCAAGCUGCAGGCCGUCCACAGCUGGCGCGCCGAGCAGCGCUGGAACUGCGAGCCGGAGGUGAUGUGCAUGCUGCAGCACAAGUCCAUUGCCCAGGAGGCCUACAAGAACUUCACGAUCACCACCAGCGCCGUGGCCAAGCUGAUGCGGCAGCUCCAGCAGCAGGCGCUGAAUCUGCAGACGCACUUCGAGCGCUGCGAGCGCGUCCUGGCCGGGCAGCAGGCGACGACGCUGCCCGAGGCGCUGGCCGGUGCGACACAGCUGCUCGUCCACCUGGACGAGUUCACCUGCGUGCUGGAGCGACGCGGCAUCUUCUUCAAUGAUGCGCGCGUGGAGCGGCGCCGCUACGAGCAGCAUCUCGAGCAAAUUCGCACCGUCAGCCGGGACACGCGCUACUCGCUGGAGCGACAGCACUACAUCAAUCUGGAGUCGCUGCUGGACGAUGUGCAGCUGCUGAAGCGGCACACGCUGAUCACCCUCAGACUGAUCUUCGAGCGUCUGGCGCGCAUCCUGGUGCUGAGCGUCGAGCAGAGCCGCUGCGAUCUGCUGCUGCGAGCGAACAUCAAUAUGAUUGCGACCCUGAUGAACAUCGACUACGACGGCUUCGCCUCGCUCUCCGACGCCUUCGUGCAGAACGAGGCGGUGCGAGCCCUGCUCGUCAUCGUGCUCGAUCACAAGCUCAGCUCGGUGCGCGCCCUGGCCCUGCGAGCCCUGGCCACGCUCUGCUGUGCACCGCAGGCGAUCGCCCAGCUGGGCAACUGCGGCGGCAUCGAAAUAGUGAGGGAUAUACUUCAGGUGGGCCAGAGCACGGUGGAGCGCGGUGCCAUUGAGCGGCGCGAGGCCGUCUCUCUGCUCGCCCAGAUCACGGCCAGCUGGCACGGGCCGGAGCAUCGCGUUGCCGGACUGAGGGACAGCGCCGAGUCCCUGGUUGCCGGCUUGGCAGCGCUGCUGCAGCCCGACUGCUGCGCUCAGACCCUGCUGCUCUGCGCUGCGGCGCUCAACAAUCUCAGCCGGAUGGAGGUCACCUCACACUAUUCCAUCAUGUCCAACGAGGCCAUCUUCAGGUUGAUUUCAACGCUCGAGCAUCAGAGCAGCGGCAUCAGCGUCUUUCUCUAUGAGCAAAUCGUUGGGAUGCUGCACAACAUGUCGCUGAACAAGAAGUGCCACAGCCACUUGGCCAAUGGCAUCAUCAUAAAUUUCAUCACGUCCGUUUACCAAACGGAAUUCUACAAGUCCUACGACUCACGUGCCGAAUGCGAUGCCCAGCGGCGUAGCAUUAAGGCCAUACUCUAUACGCUGACACGGCUUGUCCAGCACUCGCAUCAGCUGGGCGCCGAGCUCCUGGAGCAGUGGCAUCUGCCCGAUCUCCUGCGACAAUCUCUAACGGCAGCAACAACAUCGGCAAGUGGAAGCAACGCCGCCCAGUUGGAUCAUAGCAACGGUUACAGUGGAGACAUUUCGCAGCUGGCGCGACAAUUGCUGCAAGCACAUCAGCAGGAGCAGCUGCUCCUUGGUGUGGGUGCAGCGGGCACAGGAACUGGCGCUGGAGCUGUGGCAACAUUUAGGAGCAGCCACCAGACGCCCGAGGCUCAAGCAAGGACAACGCUGAAAUUCAAUUUAACACGUCAGGAGAGUUUUGUCUAGCCUUUUUUCACUCUAGCUGCCCAUUCAAAAUGGCCAAAGAGGGUAUACCGGUUAUACCCAUUGAUAUGUAACUAGCAGCAGAUAAGAUUUCUAGGACUUGAGAUCAUAUACAGCAGACUUGUGAAGUCUUGAGCUCUUCAAGUUUAGCCAUUUAGCUAAA